AUGUCGAAAGUUAAUCGAAAGUUAUCUGAUGUUAUAGCCACCAGUCAGGAAUCGGACCGGCUGUUUUCUCGAGCCUCGACCCCCGGGAAAGUGACAUUUCUGAAACGCCUGCUGCCCCUCGGGGUUGGCUGUUUAGGGAUGAUAGCAGCGGGUUCUGUCUUUGCGUUUGGUGCCUACACGAAUGCUGUCAAGAAACACUUCAGCUAUUCACAGUCGGAAGUCGAGGUGAUAUCUUCGAUGGGUAACUUCGGUAUAUGUAUCGGACUGCCAGCAGGGUUUAUGUGCGAGAAGCUGGGGGCUCGCUGGACAUCGUUUGCUGCCCUAUUGAUGACCUCGACGGCAAUGAUGUUACUUUGGAGUACGACUUUCUCAAUAGACUUUUACAGUGGGCGUGCGCCCCUACAAUAUGUCUACUUCUUCUUAGUCGGUUUUGGAGCUAUAUUCAUGUAUAUGGCGUCCCUUAUCACAAGUAUGGAGAAUUUCCCUCCAAAACACCGUGGAAAGGUCGUUGGAACUCUUGACGCUUGCUUCAGUGGUGGACCCGCCCUUUUCUCACUGCUUUAUGGCGCGUUCUUCGUCAAUGGUCACGUGAACGACGAACAGAAUCAGGACUUGAGGGGAUUCUAUCUACUCAAUGCGAUAGCAUUUGUUGUAGUUGGUCUACUUGGAAUACUUUUAUUAAAACGCUACCCUCUGGACCUUUCGGAACAUGACUUUACAAUCACGCAAGAUUUAGAAGCAGACCGGAAGUCAAGUCAUCAAUAUCAUAAUUCUGAAGUCCCGGAUGUUACCGGGUGCGCAUUAUGUCGCCGAUCCGAGUUCCAUUUUAUGUUAUGGCCUUUUAUGUUCUGUUCUGGACUUCAACUGAUGUACCAAAACAACAUUGGUGUGUAUUUGAAAUCUUUUGAUAUAGAACAGUAUACAACUCUUUUCACCACGCUAAACCCAAUAGCCGCCAUCUGCUGUAAGUUCACAGUUGGCGUACUGUCUGACGCCAUAGUUCACAAAGUUCCACGACCGGCCGUCUUGUUGUUCUUCUAUUGUUUACAAACUCUUGUACUCACCUUAUGUAUAUUCUUCUCGGAUAACUUCAUCCUUCUUGUCAUAACCCUUCUAGUCAUCGGAUUCGCAAAUGGCGCUCUCUGGUGUUUAUCCCCGACGAUCAUCUCUGAAGUAUACGGUUUGAAAUACUUUGGUCGGAACUGGGGCACGGCUAUGAUAGGUAGCGGGCUAGGCGGUUUGGGCUGUCAGCAAGUAUUUGGUGCUUUGUAUGAUUACAAUAUUGUGGCAAAAGGUUCUCAGGACUGUUAUGGUAUAAAAUGCUUUACUCUCAGUUUCAUUGUCGUGUCAGUGUUGAGCCUGUUCUUGCUUAUUCUGUGUCGGGCUGUUACAGUCAGUUAUAGAACAACGGGCACGUGUCAGUCGUGA